AGAAGAAGCAGAAGGAUCAAAGAUGGCCGCCCUCGGAGCUCAGUCCUCUGUCAGUGAUCUCGUCCAGGUUCUGAUGGAUGUUUAUCGGUCUUUUCUCAGCGGGUCCGGUCCCGAACCGAGCUGCCGGGACGUCGCGGUUCUGAUUCGCUCGGGUCUGAGUGGACGGGUGCCGGGAGGGGCCACGUGCUGGGAGCUGACCUCCAUCAGUCUGGGUCUGGUGAAGAAGCUCUGCGGGAGUCCGGUUCUUCAGAACCUCCCUGCAGAGUCCACGGUCCGCUGGGAGGAGGUCCUGAGGGUCCUGGUGGAAGACCUGGGUCUGAUGUCUCAGCUGGUCCAGCUGCUGCGGGCUGAGGACCAGCUGGUCUCACAUCUGGCAGCAAAGACCGUGUCGGUCUGCGUCCUCCAGCUCCUGAGGACUUCUGGGGACGUGAGUCCUGAGUGGCAGGAGACGUGUGUCCAGGCCUUCAGCAGCUCCUGUCCUCCUGCAGAGCUGGACCCCUGUCUCUGGUCCCUGACAGAGGUCCUUAAAACUCUUCUGAAAGGAUCUGAUCCAGAAACCGUUGGGGGUCUGGUUUCUCGGUUGGAACCCGGUCUCAGGAUUCUGUGUUCCAAACUGAUCCCUGAACCCAGUCCAGAACCCGAGCCAUGUUGGACUGGUUUUACCUUCAGGAGGUCCUGGAAAACCACCUUCUGCCUCCUGCUGGACCUGCUGGAGGUUCUGGCUGCAUCCAGGUCUGUUGUUGGACCGGAGGUCUGCCAGAGACCGGCCCAGGUCCAGUUCUCAGCCCUCCUGGCAGCGGUCAGCGGCUCGCAGGGCUUCGUUCAAGACCGGACUCUGCUGCUCCUGAAGAGAGUCCUCCUGCAGGGGCCCGGGGACGACUGGUCUCUGGGGGGACUGAAGUCCAGAGACCUGGACCCUGACCUGAGGGUUCUGGCCUGGAGCGUGCUGGCAGCGGUGACCCACGGCUGGCUGCAGACCGUCCAGGUAGAACCGGGCGGGUUCUUUGGAGGGACCCGACCCGUCCCAGGAGACGAGGACCAGAAACCAGGAGGUGUGACGCUUCGAGCCGUUGGCCUGGUUCUGCUCCGGUCCACAGAAGUCCACGUCCAAACACUGGACUCAGCAGGAGAGGACAGAGUCUCUCAGGUCUGUGGACACGUCCACAGGCUGUGGGACUUCCUGGAACGGUUCAGUGGGUCUCUGAGGGUCCGUCACCUCUGCUGCUGGAUCCAUGUUCUGUUUGAGGACCAGGAUGAUGAUCUGAUGGAGGCUCUCAGGACAUGUCUGUCCUUAUUCCUCAUUUACAG